UUGAGUUUUCAAGAGGGAGUUUAGAAAAUACGAAAAACUUGUAGUAUCGUACGUUUUGAAAGAGAGAAAUGGAUAAUUUGCAACAAGCAGAUCCGGUCUUGAGAAAAUACAUCAUGCAACACUCACUUCCUGAGAUCUAUAAAGCGUUGUUAUCCGGGUUAUGUGUUGUGUGCCCUGCAAACCCGUUACAGUUCUUGGAAGAGAAAAUCAAAGAGUUUCAGGAAAAUGGGAACUGGGGGUACACAUGUGUUCAAGCUGGACCUAAAGCUGCAGUUACGGAAGUAGCAGGAAGUUAUCUUCAGGGCCUCUUUGGAUUCUCAGAAAAUAAUAUGUUUCUAUCCCAUCUGUUCGAGAAGGCCUACACACACUACCGAAAGAGUUUAAUGAGAAUGUGUUUUAACGCUUGGAUAAAGUUCAUUUUCAGAAAACAGGCACAGGCUUCAGAACAGAUCCAAAAGAUGAACAUUGCAGAGGAUCAUUAUGUGCAGACAAGGUUAAAACUGACUCUACAUAAAUGGAUCGAAUGGCUGCAGUUUCAGAAAAAGAGACAAGCUGAUGCAAUGAAGAAAAUUCAGGGAGUGUGGGAUUUAGUGUACUGCAAGCGUGUCUUUAGAGCAUGGAGAUAUGUGGUGCAGGACUCCAAGAAAACAAAAGAAUACUUUGAGCGUCUGGAGAGAGGACAGCUUGACCCAGAGUUCGAUCACACUAUUGCCCCUCCAGGAGAGAGCAGAGAUGAGCUGUCCCAGUUACCGAGGCGGGCAGCACUGAAGAUCUUUACUUGGUUAGGGAUUAAAGACCUAGCAAGAUGUGCUCAGGUCUGUCGGUCUUGGAAAAUGCUUACCCAGAACAGUUCCCUCUGGAGCCAGAUUAAUUUUUCCUCAGAGAAGUACAGGAUUGCAGACGGCACAGUUGUGCGGCUUCUGCAGAAAUACCGUCCUUUCGUAAUUCAUCUGAACUUCCAUGGCUGUUCCUCCCUUCAGUGGCCAAGCUUUCAAUGCAUCAGUGAAUGCAGAAAUCUACAGGACCUGAAUUUGUCAGAGUGUACAAGUGUAAAUGAUGAAACCAUGCGAUUAGUUCUUGAGGGCUGUCCAACACUUCUGUACCUAAAUGUGUCCUGCACUGGUGUGACAAAUGGCACUCUUAGGGUGCUGGCAAGGUGUUGCCUGAAUCUUCAGUACCUGAGCCUAGCUUAUUGCAGGAAGUUCACAGAUAAAGGAUUACAGUACCUGGCCACAGGAAAAGGCUGCCACAAACUCAUCUACUUGGACCUUUCAGGCUGCACACAGAUCUCAGUGGAGGGAUUCAGAUACAUAGCAGAGGGAUGUGGAUGGAUUCAGCACCUGGAAUUUAAUGACAUGCCAACUCUUACAGACAGCUGUAUACUGGCAGUAGUUUCAAAGUGCCAUCUUCUUCGCACAGUCUCCCUGCUGGACACACCUCACCCCUCAGACACUGCCUUCAAGGCCAUUGCUGAAGUCUGUAAGCUGAAACAGAUAAAGAUCGAAGGUAACAGUCGCAUGACUGAUACAAGCUGGAAAGCUUUCUGUAAGAGCUCACCCUGUCUGAGCCACAUCUAUGCUGCUGACUGUCCUAAAAUAACUGACAUCAGUCUCAAAGCAAUAGGGGCUCUGAAAAACCUGACGGUUCUGAAUGUUGCCGACUGCAUUAGGGUGAGUGACACAGGAGUCAGAUACCUUGUGGAAGGACCGUCAGCAGGGAAGAUCAGAGAGCUCAAUCUGACUAACUGUGUGCGUGUUAGUGAUGUGUCGCUACUGAGAAUAGCACAGAGGUGUAAUAAAUUGACCCAGUUGAGUCUGUGUUACUGUGAGCAUCUGACUGAUUCUGGGAUUGAGUGGCUGAGUGGCUUGUCUUCCCUGAUCCACAUUGACCUUUCAGGAACCAACAUCCAAGACCAGAGUUUGGCGGCUCUUGGUAACAACACUGGUAUUAAGAAAUUAACUGUUUCAGAAUGCCUUUGGAUUACGGAUGUUGGAAUUGAGAAAUUUUGCAAGCAAGUCAGAGAUUUGGAGUGCAUGGAUGUUUCACAUUGCAUCUCACUGACAGACCAGACUAUUAAAGCACUGGCUUUUUACUGCCGGACGAUCAUCUCACUCAACAUUUCUGGAUGCCCCAAAAUGACAGAUAUGUGUAUACAGUACCUAACAGGAGCGUGCCAUUAUCUGCGUGAGCUUGAUGUCAGUGGCUGCGUUCGCCUUAGUGACAAGACGCCCACGUUUUUACACAAGGGAUGCCAGCAGCUGAAGGUGCUCAAAAUGAUGUACUGCAGAGGCAUCUCCAGACAAGCAGCCCUGAAAAUGAAGCCACGAAUCCGGCUUUGGCAGCACAGUGACGACGAUCCCCCUUCGUGGUUUGGGUACAACAGCCAGGGAGAACUCUUGGACUCCACCACCAAGCCAGAAAAGACAGGAAAACCAUGGGAAGAGGAGGCGGAACCAACAGGCCACAGAUCUAUUUUUACUGAGAACUGAGGACUUGGUAACAUUU